CGUGGAGAGAGUGCGCCGAGCCCAUUUAAAUGAUCUAGAAAGUAUUCCACUGUUCUGGAUUUUAGGCGGGUUGUACUUGACGAUCGGCCCGUCUGCUGCUCUAGCUACAACCCUUUUCCGUACAUAUACAAAAUGGCGUGUCUACUGAGAGUUUCGCUCAGUCCUCACUUGGCUGGUUUUACACGCUUGACGAGGCGCUUCUGUGCGCAUUCACCCCUUGUAUUUUCCGACGAAAUACAAAGUGCUAAAAAAGACAACAAGCCAAUUGUCGCUCUGGAAUCCACUAUUAUAACACACGGAAUGCCGUACCCGAAGAAUCUAGAGACGGCCUUAGAAGUUGAAAAUAUUAUUCGAAAGCAAGGUGCCAUACCAGCUACAAUAGCCAUUCUCAAAGGGCAGUUGACGGUCGGCUUAACUUCAUCCCAGCUAGAGAACUUAGCUCAAUCGAAAGGCGCCAUCAAAGCUUCCAGGAGAGACCUAGCCAUGGUAAUGGCGGACGGGCUAGAUGGCGCCACUACUGUUGCAGGAACAAUCAUAGCUGCUGAAUUGGCGAAAAUAGCAGUUUUCGUUACUGGUGGAAUAGGUGGAGUACAUCGUGAUGGAGAAAAUACAAUGGAUGUAUCGGCGGACCUUACUGAACUCGGUCGCAGUAAAACUUUAGUUGUAUGCAGCGGAGUUAAAUCCAUUCUUGACAUUGGGAAAACUCUAGAAUAUUUGGAAACACAAGGUGUAACGGUGUGUUCAUUUGGCGAGUCAAAACAAUUUCCAGCAUUUUACACCAGACGAUCUGGACAUGAAGCCCCGUACAAUGUAGUUAAUGCAGAGCACGCAGCUCGCGUCCUUCACGCAGCACGCACAUUACAUCUCUCGUCUGGUACUGUUGUUGCAGUUCCCGUGCCUGAAGAAUUUGCAAUGGAUGAAAAAAUAAUAGAAGAUGCAAUAUCUAACGCCUUACUCGAAGCUGAAAGGAGAUGCAUCAGAGGAAAAGAAAUUACACCAUUUUUGCUAGAUGCAGUUUCUAAAGCUACAGGCGGGGCAUCAUUAAAUACGAACAUCGCCCUCAUAAAGAACAAUGCCAAAGUUGGCGCCGAAAUUGCAAUACAAUAUGAAAAGCUAAGAAAGAAUACGGGAACGGGCCAGAUGAAGAAAUUUAGUGGAUCAACAAUUGCAAGGCAGCUCCAUACAUCCUGUGUUCGUAGUACAAUAGCUGAAGAUGGUGACGUUUUGGUGAUUGGCGGUGCUAAUGUGGAUAGGACAUAUCGAAUCACGGAAGAUAAAGUUCAAUUGGAUGGAAGUACACACGCUUGUAAAACAUAUCAAUGCGGUGGAGGCGUUGGUCGAAACAUCGCUGAAGCUUUGUGGCGCUUACGAAACGGACGCACUAAACUCCUCACCGCAGUAGGCGAUGAUGCUGACGGAAAAUAUUUACAAAGUAUCACACCAGGACUCGUUCUUGAAGAUUGCACUGCAAAAGAAGCAAGAACCGCAACAUAUGCAGCCAUGUUCGAUAAAAAAGGAGAAUGCUUAAUCGGAUUAGGGGAUAUGGAAAUUCAUAAUCAUAUAUCGAUCGGCCUAGUAAACAAACAUUUGGAUGUUUUAAAGAAAGCGCCGCUAAUAGUGAUCGAUGGUAACAUACCUCAAGAUACAAUGGAUCACGUCUUGCAACUUUGUCACCAGCACAAUAAGCCAGUUUUCUUCGAACCCACAGACCGCAGGAAAUCAACCAAGCCAUUAAGAAACAAGCAACAUAAUAUCAUAACAUUUACAUCACCGAACGUAUCAGAAUUGAAACAUAUGGCAAAAUACUUAAAACCAGAUUUAAAGUAUUCAUCUGAAGAUGAUGAUUUUUUACAAAUUAUUAAGCUGACGAAAAUUGUAACUAAAUAUGUACAAACUCUCCUUAUAACAAUGGGUCCAAAAGGAGUUGCUAUUAUAAAACGAGACAAUUCUAAGUUAAAUAUACGGUUUUAUCCAAGCCGAACAAUAAAUAAAGUUGAAAAUGUUUCUGGUGCUGGAGAUUGUUUUACGAGUGGAUUUAUAUACGGAGUAUUAAUGAAUUGGCCAGAACCAAAAUGCGUAUUUUUAGGGUUUGAAUACGCUAAAGCAUCACUGGUUACCAAAACUACUGUACCAAAUAAAUUUUCAAUUCCUCAAAUAAGUAACAUACCAUACGAAACUUACUCGUUUGAAAAUUAACCAUGGUCCAUCAUCUAUGUAUUAUAAUAUUAUAUUUCCGUAUUUAAAAUCUAAAGUAAGCGUACAAACUUAUGCGGAUCCUGCGCGAGAUAAUAAAAAUAAAGUGAGAGCUACUAUAUUACUUGCUCUGUGGUGUGAGCCGGCACACGUGUCAGAAGUGAAACUUCUUUGGCAAGCCGCAAGUCUCAAAGAUGCCAAUAUAUCAUCGCAAGACUCCAUGACGUGACGGUAUUGCCAUGACGCGACCAUGUCACCAUGAAAUUUUACUUUCAACGCGCUUAUAGAAGUUUCACUUCAAAAAAAUAGUAAGAAAGUUGCUUCUUGCAUAGAAUUUAGGAAUUUUCGGUUGUAAAAAAAUAUUAUAUAUAUGUUAUAACUUUAUAAGUUAUAACUAAUUAAAAUAUCAUAUUAUUAUUACAAUAAUUCAAGAUUCAACAGCAAUUCCAAAAACGUAACAGUAUCCCUUUGUACUUAGAUGUAGAUGAUCUAAGCCUUUGUAGCUCAAGCGAAUAUUCGCAUUCGCGGACAUUUGCGCGAAAUGUUCAUAGAGACCGGUUUAGGUACAUACCUAUUUUACAUUCGGCUUAACAUUCCAUACAUUAAUACCUGACUCAACUAAGUCGUCUCGCGCGGAAUUCGCCUGUUUGAA